AUGCUGUCACAAAAUUUAGACCGUGAAAACUCCUGCCCAGACAGAAACGGUUACAAAGUUCGUGCGUUUGCACGAGCUAUCGAGGUUAUUGGCGCGCUGGAGGAACCCGUGCGGGACGUAGGUCAGGUGAAGAAGCUGAAAGGGGUAGGCGUCGGAAUCAGCAACAGGAUAGACGCGUUCUUGUCGGGUAAAGAUUAUGACCCGGCAGCUGCUACCGAGCUUUCUAAAGGAACAUCGAAAUCCAAGGCAAGAAAAGAUUCUGAUCCUGAGGAGACACGAAGGAAAAUGAUAGUUCGAUCAUUAACGUCUGUUUCCGGCAUUGGGUACUACACCCCAACAGCUGCGAAAGCCCUCAUUGAUGCGGGCUGUAUGUCCAUUGGGGACCUGAAGAAACCGAAAUUCUUUGACAUGUUGAGUCCCCUGCAGCAAACCGGUGCGCGAUACCACGAGCAUCUCGGACGACCUGUCGAGAGAAGUCAAGCCGAACUACUCGCUAAAUUUAUUUCGGAGAACAUUUCUUGUAAAUUUGAUGUUGAGCUCGUGGGUAGCUACCGACGGGGUGCUCAGUCGUUCCCAGGCGUCGAUAUUAUGUUGACUCACCCAUCUCAUGUUCACGUGCCUACGCCCCCGUCAAAGAAUGGCUCAGUUACACAGGGAAUUAACAGUGCACCUUUUCGCACGCCAUCUAGAAAGCUACGGGAAGCGCAGGACUCCCUUCUCUUCCGUGAUGUAGUCUUCCCACUCGAAAGCCGUGGCCUCGUCGCCGAGACACUGUUGCUGGGAUCCAAGAAGUGGCAGGGUGUGAUCCGCCUACCUGAAAGGACUGUAGACGGAACUUGGGAAGAACGUUCUCAACGAAUCGAGCGCAUUCGCGAGCAGCAGGGCCUUUAUAUUCGAUUGGACUUGAACCUCGCCCCUAUGAAGUCGAAGGGUGCAGCACUACUCGCGUUGACUGGGGAUAAGGAGUUCAGCCUCGACAUCCGUACCAAAGCUGCACAACUGGGCUUGCUCCUCAAUGAAUUCGGCCUGUGGAGAUGGACCUCUGAUCCAUCACUCCCAGCAGAUGCAGAGGAAGGGUACUGGACGUUUAUAGAAGGCGAAAGCGAAGUCGCUAUCCUACGCGAGCUCGGCGUGAAUUAUGUGAAACCGAUAAAACGCAACUUUGCAUAUCUCGCCAAUUCUGAUUCGAACGCGUCGACUAUUAAAAAGGGCAGGCCGCGGAAAAAAGUUCUGUAG